GACUUUAAUUUAAUUUAGGGGAAAUUAAAAAUUAAAAUGGAGGAGAUAAUGCGGGCAUCACGGCGGCAGAGGAGCGGCGGCGGGGGGCGGAGCAGUAACUGGAGCGUGGAGGAAGUUUUUUCCGGUGGGAGGCGCAGCGGCGGAGCUGAGGAAGACGAAGAGGCUCUCCGGUGGGCGGCGCUGGAGAAGCUGCCGACGUACGACCGGCUCCGGCGGACUGUCCUGAAAUCGUUCGUGGAAACGCCGAAUCGCGGGAAUGUUAAGGUUGUCCACAAAGAAGUCGAUGUACGGAAGCUGGAUGUAAACGAACGGCAGGAAUUCAUCGACAGAUUCUUCCGCGUCGCCGAGGAGGACAACGAGAAGUUCCUCACCAAGCUCAGGAACAGAAUCGACAAGGUUGGAAUUACGCUUCCGACGGUGGAGGUGAGGUUCGAGGGGCUGACGGUGGAGGCGGAGUGCUUCGUCGGCGACAGGGCGCUGCCGACGCUGGCCAACGCCGCCCGGAACAUCGGCGAGACGGCGCUGGGCUGGUUCGGAAUUAGGCUCGCUCAGAAAACGAACCUCACCAUUCUUAAAGACAUCUCAGGCAUCAUCAAACCCUCCAGGAUGACCCUUUUGUUGGGGCCGCCGUCGUCGGGGAAGACGACUCUUUUGCUGGCCUUGGCAGGAAAAUUAGAUCCUACUUUAAGGACAAGGGGAGAAAUAACGUACAACGGACACAUGCUGGAUGAAUUUGUGGCACAAAAAACGUCUGCAUACAUUAGCCAAAACGAUGUUCAUGUAGGAGAGAUGACCGUUAAAGAAACACUCGAUUUCUCUGCCAGGUGUCAAGGGGUUGGAUCAAGAUACGAUCUGUUGAGUGAGCUUGCAAGAAGGGAAAGGGAAGCUGGAAUUUUUCCAGAGGCUGAAGUUGAUCUUUUCAUGAAGGCAACUGCUAUGGAGGGAGUAGAAAGUAGUCUUAUUACAGACUACACUCUUAAGAUAUUGGGGCUGGAUGUUUGCAGAGACACAAUUGUUGGAGAUGAAAUGAUAAGAGGAAUUUCAGGAGGCCAAAAGAAGCGUGUCACAACAGGAGAAAUGAUCGUCGGCCCGACAAAAACACUAUUCAUGGACGAGAUAUCGACGGGCCUCGACAGCUCGACGACCUUUCAGAUCGUCAAAUGCUUGCAACAAAUAGUGAACCUUACUGAGGCCACGAUUUUCAUGUCCCUCCUACAACCAGCCCCGGAGACAUUCGAUCUCUUUGACGACAUCAUUUUAUUAUCCGAAGGCCAGAUCGUCUACCAGGGCCCGAGACAAAACGUCGUCGAGUUUUUCGAAAGCUGCGGCUUCAGAUGUCCUGAGAGAAAAGGAACUGCUGAUUUCUUACAAGAAGUGACGUCGAGAAAAGAUCAAGAACAAUACUGGUCGGACAGAAGCAAGCCGUAUCGAUACAUACCGGUCAGCGAAUUCGCGAGGCGAUUCAAGCGAUUCCACGUAGGGUUACGUCUCGAAAACGAGCUUUCGAUACCUUACGACAAAAGUCGAAGCCACCAAGCGGCGCUGGUGUUCGAAAAGUACACCGUCCCAAAAAUGGAGCUCCUGAAGGCGAACUUCGACAAGGAAUGGCUGUUGAUCAAACGAAACUCGUUCGUCUACGUGUUCAAGACCGUGCAGAUAUUCAUCGUUGCUGUCAUCACGUCGACUCUGUUCUUGCGGACUCACAUGCGCAGCCGCAACGAACAAGACGGCGCGGUGUUCGUUGGCGCGCUUUUGUUCAGCAUAAUCUGCAAUACCUUCAACGGGUUCGCCGAGCUUGCCCUCACGAUACAACGACUUCCCGUCUUCUACAAACAACGGGACCUUCUUUUCCAUCCGCCGUGGGCUUUUACGCUGCCGACGUUUCUGCUGAGAAUUCCGAUCUCGAUCUUCGAAGCGAUCGUUUGGAUGGUCACGACGUACUACACGAUUGGAUUCGCCCCCGAACCUAGCCGAUUCUUCAAGCAACUGCUGCUGAUCUUUGUCAUCCAGCAAAUGGCUGCGGGGAUCUUCCGGCUCACCGCGGGAAUAUGCCGAACGAUGAUUAUUGCAAACACCGGCGGUGCGCUUACGCUGCUGCUCGUGUUCCUCUUGGGCGGCUUCAUCCUGCCUAGAGACAAGAUCCCGGACUGGUGGGGGUGGGGGUUUUGGGUGUCGCCGUUGAGCUACGGGUACUACGCCGUUGCAGAAAACGAGAUGUUCUCGCCAAGAUGGAUGAACAAAUUGGCCUCAGACAAUGCUACAAGAUUAGGGGUGGCUGUUUUGAACAACUUCAACAUUUUCGUCGACAGAAACUGGUAUUGGAUCGGGGUGGGCGCUCUUACGGGGUUCAUACUACUCUUCAAUGUUCUUUUCACUCUAUCGCUCAUGUAUCUAAAUCCUCUUGGAAAGCCACAAGCAAUCAUAUCUAAAGAGGAAGCACGAAAAAUGGAAUCGGAGCAAGAAGGUACGGAUGAAUCGCCGAGACUUAGAACAGCAAAGUCGAAGAAAGAUUCCUUUCAUCGAUCCCUGUCUUUGACCGACGGAAACAACUCAAUGGAAAUGGUAACGCAACGUAUGAGCAGUCUUUCGAACGUCUACGGCCUAAGUAGAAACGACAACUCGACUCUCGGGACAGAGAGAGCAGUUGCGCCGAAGAGAGGAAUGGUUCUUCCAUUCACUCCUUUAGCCAUGUCUUUCGACAGCGUAAACUACCUCGUGGACAUGCCACCGGAAAUGAAAGAACAAGGUGUGACAGAGGAUAAGCUUCAGCUACUUAGGGAAGUGACGGGCGCAUUUAGGCCGGGAAUUUUAACUGCGCUGAUGGGAAUCAGCGGAGCAGGUAAAACUACGCUAAUGGAUGUUUUAGCCGGGCGAAAAACGGGUGGAUAUAUUGAAGGGGAUAUUAGAAUCUCUGGAUUUCCGAAAAAUCAAGAAACUUUCGCAAGAAUUUCUGGAUACUGUGAACAAAAUGAUAUUCACUCACCUCAAGUAACCGUGCGCGAAUCUUUGAUUUACUCCGCGUUCCUUCGGCUACCUAAAGAAGUUAACAAAGAACAGAAGAUGGCUUUUGUUGAUGAAGUGAUGGAGCUCGUCGAACUAGACAAUCUCAAGGACGCCAUUGUUGGGAUUCCGGGAGUUACUGGAUUGUCGACAGAGCAGAGGAAGAGAUUGACUAUAGCAGUUGAACUUGUCGCCAAUCCUUCGAUUAUUUUCAUGGAUGAGCCAACUUCUGGUCUUGACGCAAGAGCAGCAGCUAUUGUGAUGAGGACAGUGAGGAAUACGGUUGACACGGGGAGAACUGUGGUUUGCACGAUUCAUCAGCCGAGCAUCGAUAUAUUUGAAGCUUUUGAUGAGUUACUUCUAAUGAAAAGAGGAGGGCAAGUGAUCUACACGGGACCAUUAGGCCGCCACUCGCACAAAAUCAUAGAAUAUUUCGAGGCGAUUCCCGGAAUACCAAAAAUCAAAGAGAAAUACAAUCCGGCGACAUGGAUGCUUGAAGUUAGCUCGAUGGCGACAGAAGCUAGGCUCGGAAUGGACUUCGCGGAAUACUACAAGACAACAGAGCUGUAUAAGCGAAACAAAGAUCUGGUAAACGAGCUGAGCACGCCGGCUCCAGGAACAAAAGACCUGUUCUUCAACACACAAUACUCGCAAUCGACGUGGGGACAAUUUAAGUACUGUCUCUGGAAACAAUGGUGGACUUACUGGAGAAGUCCGGAUUAUAAUCUUGUCCGAUACUUCUUCACCUUGGCGUGUGCGCUUCUUGUCGGGACAAUAUUCUGGAGAGUCGGCACGAAAAAGAGCACAGAUACAGAUCUUUUGACGAUCAUAGGAGCCAUGUAUGCUGCCGUGUUGUUCGUCGGAAUCAACAACUGUUCGACGGUGCAGCCAGUCGUAGCAGUCGAAAGAACCGUGUUUUACAGGGAAAGAGCUGCGGGGAUGUAUUCUGCGCUGCCGUAUGCCAUGGCACAGGUCGUCGUAGAAAUACCAUACGUGCUAAUUCAGGCGACAUACUACACUCUAAUAGUGUACGCCAUGGUUAGCUUCGAAUGGACAGCUUCCAAGUUCUUCUGGUUCUUCUUCGUCACAUUCUUCUCCUUCCUCUACUUCACAUACUACGGAAUGAUGACUGUUUCCAUCACGCCGAACCACCAAGUAGCCGCGAUUUUCGCAGCAGCCUUUUAUGCACUUUUCAAUCUCUUCUCCGGCUUCUUCAUCCCCCGACCGCAAAUUCCGAAAUGGUGGGUGUGGUACUACUGGAUAUGCCCCGUGGCGUGGACAGUAUACGGGCUGAUCAUCGGGCAGUAUGGAGAUGCACAGAAUACCAUCACAGUAGCCGGAAUGUCGACACAGCCGACAAUCCAGAAAUAUAUUCAAGACCACUUUGGAUAUGAUCCCGACUUCAAGGGCCCGGUCGCGGCAGUCUUGAUCGGAUUCGCAGUCUUCUUCGCCUUCAUGUAUGCUUACUGCAUCAAGACAUUGAAUUUUCAGAUGAGGUAAGAAAAUGUGUGUAUGCAAGAUUCUUCCUGCAAUCUGUACAGAUGUUUUGAAGCGUUCUACACCAUGAAAACUAUAGAGAUCAUGUCCUCUGAUCUUGUCUGUCUACAAAAACUUUGCAUUAAUCAGAUGUUAAUUUUACUUCCUA